AUUUAAAUGUUUUGCCUGAUUUAUAGGUCAGCUGGUGGUGCGGUAUUUUUAGCCUAUUUAUUUGAUUGAUUAGUCCCGUCUUCCAAUCUUUAGAUACCAACAUAGCUUAUGAGUUGGGUAAAUGACGACAGUAUGUUUGCAUUUAAUUAACUGCCCCAGUGUGUGUUGGUGGGCGGAUUAUCUAGCAGUCAGACUGACAUUUCACAUUUCAAAACGGAGAGUUCUGACCAGUCUGAUUCAGUGACUACGGUCCUAAUGGACAGGUAAUUGCACAUCCUGUGGCUCCCAGGAGAAUUAUUCAGAAGGAUUGCAAACUUUCUGAAGGUGUACUGUGGAAUGGGUUAAAACUGUUGAUCCAGUAUGCUCUUUCUUGCUUUCAAUGUAACAGGACUUCCUAAUAAGGAGAAAAAUGAAACCCAAACGCAUUUUUUUGUUCUAUAACAAACACUAAAACAAACGCUUGCUAUUCUGAUUUGAGAUAACUAUAAAUAUUGGAUUUUGUAUGACUCCUUUCAGGGUUACAGUAGGUCUCUUUCCAACAAUGAACAGAUGGUGAAAUCUGUCUUGUGACCACGGAGUGACGGGAAACAUGGUGAAUAUUAUUGAAAAUAUGUUGACAAGAAGCUGUGAUUUCACUUACCCGUCUUCUUCAGAAGUUAAUGAAACUGUAAUGGGGAGGGCAGUUUUCUUUAUGUCAGUGGGCUCGUUGUUGGUGUGUGUGGCAUACAGCCAUAUCAAUUUGAACUGGACGAAACCAAAAACAGUGCAUCUGACGAAAGCGAGUCGGACAUCAAUGAAGGCGAUCGCCUACAUAACACAGACUAACAAUCCCUUGAUGAGAGUCGGGAGUGGUGACUUAACGGUUCCGGUCAGUUCCUCUUUCAAAGGGUGGUGACUUCCUUCUGCUGUUGAGAUGCGCAACCAGUCGUCCACAUAGCAACCAAAACAUAGCUCACAACCCACUUCUGCGAUUAACACGGGUCUGUUCCAGUGCCAUGAUGUCAGGUGUAAACUUUUCAGAUAACAACAGCAUCUGCCCAUCAAUUGAUGACUUCCGUAACAAGAUCUACUCCACCGUUUACUCCUUGAUUACCAUCUUCGGCUUUGUAGGGAAUGGCUUUGCUCUCUAUGUCCUCAUCAAGACUUUCCGACAGAGAUCUACCUUCCACAUCUACAUGCUGAACCUGGCUGUCUCUGACCUGCUGUGUUGCUUAACUCUGCCCUUGCGUGUUGUCUACUAUGUGAACAAGGGCCACUGGUUCUUUGGUGACUUCCUGUGCCGCGUCAGUUCCUACACCCUCUACGUUAACCUCUACUGUAGCAUCUUCUUUAUGAUGGCAAUGAGCUGCACCCGCUUCAUAGCUAUCGUAUUCCCAGUGCAGAACCUGAAGCUGGUGAGCGAGAGGAAGGCCAAAAUCAUCUGUGUGUGCAUCUGGAUCUUUAUCUGCAUGACCAGCUCCCCAUUCCUUAUGACUGGCACAAAGGAAGUAGGAAACAAAACCAAGUGCUUUGAGCCUCCUAGUGGUAGUGACACCCAUAAGCUGGUGAUCCUCAACUACUUUUCCCUGGUGGUGGGGUUCAGCAUCCCCUUCUUGGUCAUCCUGAUCUGUUACACAGGGAUGAUCUGGACCCUGAUGGCCAACUCAGGCAGCAUGAAGAAGCAAAGGAGCAUGCAGACAAAGGCCAUCCGAAUGAUCUGCAUUGUCAUGGCAGCCUUCCUCAUCAGCUUCAUGCCCUACCACAUCCAGCGCACCUUGCACCUGCACUUCCUGAUGAAGCAAGGAAGCUCCUGCGACGAUAUUGUCUACAUGCAGAAGUCGGUGGUUAUCACCCUGUGCCUGGCUGCUGGCAACUCCUGCUUUGACCCCAUGCUCUACUUCUUCUCCGGGGACAACUUCCGUAGGAAGCUCUCCAGUUUCCGCAAGCCCUCUGUCGACGGAAAUCUCACUGAGAAGAAGAAGACCUGCACUGUCAACAAAAUAAACCUGGAGAGCCACAAACAAGAGAAAGAGUCAUUAAGGGUUGUCUAUGACAAGGUGGUUAUUGCUAGUGACUAGCCUUUCUCAUCUCAGUGGAGAAACAGGAUGUCUAGUAGUACAGACAUGGAGAUAACAAGUAAUGGUAAGAUGUUGUUUGCGCUUUAGGACUAUGGUUGGGUAAUCUACUUGUAAUCAAGGGAAUUGAGGCUGUGGUCCAGUGAUGAGGGACUUCGAAAGGAUGUUAGAGCACAGGAUUUGAAUACCUAGUCCAGUCAAUUCUAUAACUUGUUGGGUGUGUCACUUCACCUUUAAUCCCAUUUGGAAUAAGAAGCACCCACACUUUAAACCAGGUGAGGAUUGCUCAGUUAAAUGAAUGAAAUUAGCAGGCCUGAACACAAUCUGUCGCAGAUUGUAACCUAAUUGUAAACCUUGCUAAAUCAUGGGUGAAUGGUGCAAGUGAGAUGGGUUGGGGCUGCUAAACCACUCACAUGGUUGGAAUUCACAGAAUUCUGGGCAGCCCAAUCCGUUUGCUGUGACUGUUACAGAUAUAAAGGUACUGCUUUGUAAUGAACAGAUCAAUCCCAAAAGCUGCAAGAUCAUUUUAGUGUUUUUUUUUUAAAAAAAAAAAUUCUGUAUUAUUUUUUUUUUUUUUAAGCAGUACUAAUAUUUGGUCAGAUUUAAUUGAAGGAGCCAAUGUCCUAUACAUCAUUGUUUAGAAUGAUGCCAGCACUUUGAUCAUGACUGUAAUAGUGAUUCUGUAUUGAAGACAUCAGUGGGCUUGCUGGACCUCGGUGGGUUUGCUGUUUGAUGCAAAAUCUUAAUGGGAAAUCAAUGACAGGUGCUUUUGCCACAGCUACAAACUUUUUUUUUGUUUUUUAAUAUGACGGUCUAUUGUCUUUUGGCUUCAGCAGAGUCUGUACCCUUGUCCCUGGUAUAGAAGAGGCAGGGCAGCACUUUUGUACAGUUUGUUCUUCUCUUAUUACUUAUGACUAACAUUCUUUAAAAAAAAAAGGACAUUCAUUUUUUUUGCACUUUUAUUUUUUAUUAUGGGAAACCCAUAGUUGUGUUUCUGAUCAUGUGAUGUUACUGUUUACGGUAUAUAAAAUAUAAUGUUACAUGUAUUCUAGAAGGGAUAUUACAAAUAUAAAGCAAAUACCAAGUAUUUUUACAAAUACCAAUGUAACUGAUUCUAAACGGACCACAAUGUACUUUUAGAAUAUACCUACUGUAUAAACAUGCUAUUAAACGCUUUGAUUAUUAGCAAGAUAUAAAAGUCCAUUGCAGUACAAUUGCAUCGACAUAUGCUAGAGUUUUGUCAUAAUACUGUGCAUAUGUUACAUAUUUUUAAGAUUGCACUGACAGUACAUAACAUCCCUUAUAACACAUAUAUAGAUGGAUUAUUUAUAACCUGUAACUGAUCCUUAAUUCCUGCUAGUAUUACAGUUUAUUCAACACUGGUCCAGAAUACUUAACUGUGAGUGAAAUGUUCACGUGAAGGUACUCUUGAAAUCACAUUCAUCUGAGUAUUAAUGCAGACCCUCAAAACAUGCAAACCCACCAAAAUGCAGUUUGGUGGUAGAACUACAAAAAUAACACAGACCAGACACAUAGAAAUAACAAUAAGUUACAUUACAAACACCACGACUUCAGUGUCUUCAAAGACUUUAUAGUCAAAAUGUAAUAAUUUGUUAUUUAUUGACCUGUAAAGUUCGAAUGCCACCUAAUUUCUUUUUUUUUUUUUUGUACAAACUACUCUAUAUACUUGUACAUAAAGUACAGUGACAGCAUAAUUGUAAGA